CAAAUGUCAGAAACGUCACCCGUUCAAAUGACACUCUCAUUGGUAUUUGUUAUCGGAAAAUUUUCAAGUCGCUAAAAAAAACCCAAUUAAAAAAAAAAAACACGCCGUUCGCACCACCCGAAUCGCAAAAGACACGAAUCGACGCAUUCAUGGGAAAUUUCCAGAACGUAACGUAACCUGACUCCAUUCAAAUUACAACUCGUCAUAACCUACUAAGAAAUAAAAAUGUACGCGCUGGUCAGAUCGCCCCGCUCGCCAGCGGCGCCCUUCAAACUGUUCGAAUAUUGUCUGAGACACCGAUCACACCAGCGCCCGUGCGUUUGUUACGCGAACUCCCUCAACGGGGCCCAUCUAGUGCACACCAAACGGACGUUCGUUAUAAAUUCGCAUUACACCACAAACGACCGCAAACAUCUCAAUACCACGCGAAGUCUAUCGCUCACGGCCCUCCGGUUCGACAAGGAGCCCCUCAAACCCUCCUCGAAGGUGGAGGAAACCGUGCAGGAAUUGAAAAAGAAAGAAGAAGAAGAAAAGACGAAAACCAAAGCAGUGAGUACGGUAACCAAGAAACCCCUAGGACAGAGGAUAUGGGACGAACUGGUGCAUUACUACCACGGCUUCCGGCUCCUUUUCAUCGACGUGAAAAUCUCCUCCAACCUAGUAUACAGGGUGCUCCAAGGCAAGACGCUGUCGAGGCGCGAGUACAGGCUGUUGUCGCGCACCGUCGGCGAUCUGUUCCGGCUCGUGCCGUUCUCCGUGUUCAUCGUGGUGCCCUUCAUGGAGUUCCUCUUGCCGUUCUUCAUCAAAUUCUUCCCCGGCAUGUUGCCGUCCACAUUCCAAACGGCCAAAGAGAAGGAGGACAAGCUCAAGCAGAAGCUGAAAAUCCAAUUGGAAAUGGCGAAAUUCCUGCAGGGCACGCUCGACGAAAUGGCCGUGCAGCACAAGGACCGCAGCUCGCAGCAGGCCAAGGAGUUCGUCGAGUGGUUCAACAAAGUGCGAACGUCGGGUGAGCACGUAUCGACGGAGGAAAUCAUGAAAUUCGCCAAGCUGUUUCAAGACGAGAUCACGUUAGAUUCGUUGACCAGAAGCCAAUUGAUCGCCCUCUGCAGGGUGCUGGAGGUGCAAACGUUGGGCACGACGAAUUUCCUGCGGUUCCAGCUCAGGAUGAAGCUGAGAUCGUUGGCGGCCGACGACAAGAUGAUACAGAAAGAGGGCGUCGAGACGCUGACGUUGUCCGAAGUCCAACAGGCCUGCAGGGCUAGAGGAAUGAGAGCCUACGGCGUGAGCGACGCCAGGCUGCGCCAGCAGCUCAACCAAUGGCUCGAUUUGAGCCUCAACAAAAAGGUGCCGCCGUCGCUGCUGCUCCUGUCCAGGGCGCUGAUGUUGCCCGAGACCAUUCCCACCAGCGACCAGCUCAAAGCCACCAUAUCCGCCCUUCCCGAGCACGUGGUCAAGCAAACUCAGGCCGCCAUCGGCGAGAAAGAGGGCAAAAUCGACAACAAAGUCCGCGCCGACCUCCUCAAAGAGGAGGAGAAGAAAAUCCGAGAGGAGCGCGAAGAGCACCGCGUCGAGAAGAAGAAAAUCGACGACAAGGAGCUGCUCGUCGACAAAGCGCCGGUCAUAUCGACCGUCGAAUCGAAGCCGGACGUCUGCAAGAAGGACGAGAACCUCCAAUCGAAGGACUUCGAGAUCAUCGAGAACGCCAUCGACAGCGUGUCGAAGGAGAAGAAGAUGAUCGUGGAGAAGGGCGAGAUCCAGGAGCUGAAGGCCGAGAUGAGCGACUACCAGGAGGACGUCGACGAGCUGCAGAAGGCCGUCGCGGCGCAGCCGAAGCCCGAGAUCAAGGAGACGAAGGCGGCGAAGCGGCUGUUCAAGAGCGUGAAUCGCAUCAUCAACAAAUUGGACAAGGUGCUGGUCGAUUUGGAGGCCAAAGAGAAGCAACUGAAGGCGGAAUUGGAGACGGAGAAGACGGAGAAGAAGCGCGAGGAGCUGUUGAAGAUCGACGAUAUCAUCGAGGCCAUUAAUAAGAUCAAGGGCGUUACGGAUCAGAGUAAGAUCGAUCAGAUCAAGUCGGUGUUGAAGAAGAUCGACGACGAUAAGGACGGGUCUAUUAAAGUCGAGGAUGUUUUGAGGGUGAUAGAAAUAAUCGGCAAGGAGAACGUGAACUUGAGCCCGAAGCAAAUCGACGAAUUGAUCGAUCUGAUCGACAAGGAGGAGAUCCUCGAGGUGGAGGACAAGAUCCUGAAGGCGUUGCAAAAGGAGAAGGAGGCGAAGGGGAAGAAGGGCGACGAGGGGUGCGGCGGGGAAUCGGGAGGGGGUUCGAAGGGUCCCCCGAAGGGUUGUAGCGGAUCGGAUACGAAGGGCAAUUGCGAUGCCAAAACGAGCGAUGGAGGUUUGCAGGCGCCGCCUCCGUCGCCGCCGCCGCCGCCGCCGCCUUCUGUGAGUGUUAAGGAGAAUAAAAACAAUUCGAAGAUGCUUUGAAUUCGAACGAACGAGACUUUCACGUACACACACACACACACACGAUUUUAGUUGACUUGUGUAUUUAGCGUACUGAUUGUGACAGAUUAAAUUAUAUUUUAUUGUACAGGUUGUAUAAAAAAAAUCGAUGAUAUAAACAAAGAAAACGUAACGAAAACUCGUGAACCAUUUAAGAAAUAGUAUUUUUUUUUUAAUUAUUACUUGUGAUUUUUACUAAUAAUUACGGUUUAAUGCAACAACAGGUGUAUUUAUUACUUCGAACGAUCUCGUUUCGUUUUUUUUUU